AAGAAAUACAGAAUACGAAUGACGUGAUAUACGAAAGUGGGUGUGCCUGCCAUUGGCUUGCCGGCUAUUAAACGUGAAGGUUUUCUUUGAUAUUAUUCGAUAUUAUUCCAAUUUUAUUUUUUGAAAACGGUGUUAUUUGUAUAUAUUAUAAAUAUAUUUAUUACAAUUUGUUAUACAGAUAAAAAUGUCACAACAACAGUACUAUCCGUUUAAAUGUACUCCUACAGUAUAUCCUGCAGAACCAUUUGAUGCAAAUGCAGAUGCAGCACUGUUACGUAAAGCAAUGAAAGGUUUUGGUACUGAUGAGAAAACAAUUAUUGAUGUACUUACAAGAAGAGGAAUUGUUCAGAGAUUAGAAGUUGCUGAAGCAUAUAAAACUUUGUAUGGAAAAGAUUUGAUUAGUGAUUUAAAAAGUGAAUUAACAGGAAAAUUAGAAGAUGUUAUAAUUGCUCUUAUGACACCAUUACCUCAUUAUUAUGCUAAAGAAUUACAUGAUGCUGUUAGUGGAUUAGGAACUGAUGAAGAAGCAAUUGUAGAAAUUUUAUGUACUUUGAGUAAUUAUGGUAUACGUACUAUUGCAGCAUUUUAUGAAAAUUUAUAUGGAAAAUCUCUUGAAAGUGAUUUGAAAGGAGAUACUUCAGGUCAUUUUAAGAGAUUAUUAGUGUCUCUUGUGCAAGCAAAUAGAGAUGAAAAUCAAGGAAUAGAUCAAACUCAGGCUAUAGCAGAUGCACAAGCAUUAUAUGAAGCUGGUGAAAAACAAUGGGGUACAGAUGAAUCACAAUUUAAUGCUAUUUUAGUAACUCGUAGUUAUCAACAAUUAAGACAAACUUUUAUUGAAUAUGAAAAAAUAUCUGGGCAUGAUAUUGAAGUUGCUAUUAAAAAGGAAUUUUCUGGAAAUCUUGAAAAAGGUUUACUGGGAAUAGUGAAAUGCGUAAAAUCAAAAGUUGGUUUUUUUGCUGAACGAUUGUAUGCCAGUAUGCAUGGUAUUGGAACAAAAGAUCGAACAUUAAUUCGCAUUAUCGUUUCUCGAAGUGAAAUUGAUUUAGGUGAUAUUAAAAAAGCUUUUGAAGAACGUUAUGGAAAAUCAUUGGAAAGUUGGAUUGCUGGUGAUACAUCUGGUGAUUAUAAAAAAGCUUUACUUUCGCUUGUUUCUACUUAAAUAAAAAAUAAAUUUGGUAAUGAAUUUUUAAACUUAAA